ACCUGCCUGUCGCUCUGACGACGUCUCAACAUCGCGAGAACAGAUGAAACUGCCUGUGGCUCACGCUACGAAGGUUACACGCCAGUCAGCAACUACAGGCCAGUGUCUGAUAUGCCAAAACGACUUUCGUGCCGUCGUCCUCAGACACGACUCUCCUUGUGUGACGUCCGUUCAACCUGUAAUUGCGAGAACUUUGUUGGUAUUCGGAUCUCCCCAAGAACUGGUUUCUUUUCACUUCUAGGAACUGGCGUCUAAACAUUCUUUUGAUUUCGUAUUGAAAUGGCUGCAAACGAGAGCAGAUACACAUCUCUUGAUGAUGUUGAGGAUGCAGACCUCGAGAAUGAUUCCGACACAACACUGGCCUCGGACGGAUUCCUCAGGAAGAACAAUUCGAAGAGAAUCAGCAAACACGGAAAGAGUCCGAGGUUAGAGGCUAUAUUGACUUGGGCUCGGUGGGGAACAAUUGUUCUUCUGCAAGGCUUGAUACUAGUUCUAUUACUUCCAACCAGCGGAGUGCUGAUUGAUGGUUGGUCAAUGGGAGGAGGCUGGUCGCAGUUGAAGACAGAAACUGGUGGUGACAUCAAUGGCCUUUAUAUUCCAACAUCACAUACGUACACCCUCCUCACGCUAGAAGAAGAGAAAUACUUCCCAAACAUGAGCUCAGAUGUAAACCGAAUGGCCAUCCGCCACAAUUGGGAUAUUCUCAUGCCUCUUGGCAGCGGUAGUGUGUCGAUCCCAGAUUACGAGCAGCACCCAAUGCUGGGCAAGCCCAUAACGACCGACCCAAUCCGCACCGGGCCAUUGUUCGAAGCAUCAUGGACCCAUGCACUUCAUUGCUUAUAUUACUCCGUUGAUACCUAUCAUCAGCUGGUAGUGAACAACAAAUUUGGAUUCGGGGGAGAGAGAAAUGACUACCAUGCCGCGCAUUGCUUCGAGUACCUCCGUACACAGAUUCUCUGCAUGGCCGAUAUGACUUUGGAGGGAUCACAGUCUGUGUUGGAUGCCAAAGGAGAUGGCCAAGCACACAUGUGUCGGAACAGAGACGAGGCUAUUUCGUGGAUUGAGGCACGGAGGGUAGAUGAUAUACAAAGUAUUGUCGGUCCGUGAAUUAGAAAACAAGCUACUUGCCGCAUUCGUGUUCAAGGAUCAGUAGUAUAUCCACCGAAUAUGUGUUCUCACAUCCACCCAUCCAC